UUGUUCAGAAUAAGUCUCAUUUGUACAUACAAAAGCUAAAGAAAGCAUGCAAUUAAACAAUACAAUAUUUAAUUCUUAUAUAUUUUUUUUUGUCUUUUAUUCUUCAAACAUAACUUGCAUCUGCAUAAUUGAAAAAGUUAAAAAUAAUCCUUGUGCCAUACCAAAACAUAAAAAAUAUUGUAACGAAUAUUUAAUCAACAAUGAUUUUAUAGAGGCCCAUUCCGUUAUCACUAUAUGAUAUAGUACUUUUUCUCGAAGAAAAAUAUUCUAUUUUAAAUAUUAUAUAAUUACUGAAAAAAUUAUAUUAUAAAUAAUAUUUCCACUUUAGAAUAUAACACUUGAGAGUCUGACGGUACUAUCAGAAUAAUUGAUAUGAGAUAAAUAUUUAAUGUUUGCAUUUUAAUUGUUAAAACUUUUAAAAAGUUUUGAAAGCACGAAAUAAUAUCAUUAUUCUGAAAGCAGCGUUUGUGGUUGAGAAUGCACAAUGCUACGGCGAACGAAUAAGAGUGUUUGGUAUUUUAGGAAACUGUCUUUGUGGAUUUGAGCGUUUUAAAAAAUAUUCAAUUUGUACAUAAAAUGAAUUAUUUAUUAUAUUAAGAAUGAAUGAAGUUGAUUAAGUUAUAUACCGCUUAUGGUACACAUGGCGCUCUUCAAACAACUAUUUUCGUACAAAUGAGAGCAAUUUAACCUGUAUGAAAAGUUAAUAUUUUAAAUAUAAUACUGUGUCGUUUGAUGACGUUUACUUAUAUUAUUAUUUAUUAUAUAUUAAAAUUAUGUCAACAUUUACAUUUGGAACGCCUGCAACUUCAAGCAACACGAAUUUUGGAUUUGGACAAAAACCUGCAACAGGCUUUAAUUUAACUAGUACACCUUUUGGUUCAAGUACUUCAGCACCAACAUUAACUUUUGGAACUUCUUCUACACCAGCAACAACUACUGGUCUUAGUUUUGGAUUCAAUACUGCACCUGCAACUUCUGCACAAACACAAUCAAGUGGUUUACUUUUAGGAUCAAAUGUAACUACUACAACAACUACAGCUGGUUUAUUUCCAGUUCCAACUACAUCUGCACCAUUAUUUGGUAGCCUUACUUUUGGUACUCCAGCAGCAAGUACUACUUUAACAUUUGGUGCUCCAUCUGCAACAUCUACAACUGGAAAUGUUACCUUUGGUAUACCUAGCACUACAACAUCAUUAUUUGGUAAUAGCAGUUUAUUGGGAUCAAAAUUAGCUACUGGUACUAUAACUACCACAAGUAUUAUAAAUAAAGGAUUAGGGGGAAUAGAUGUAUCCGUGAGUAAUAAAGGACUUUCACAAGAAAAUAUUAAUCAAGCUGUUAAAGAAAAUAUUUGGCCACCAGAAUUAUUACAGACAAUAGAAAAGUUCAAAGAAUUUGUAAAAGAACAGAAAGUACUAUCUUCAGAUAUAGCAAGAGGUUCUGCAAGACCAUUGAAUCGAUGUGCAGAAGAUACAGCAUCAUUGAUGGAACUUCUAACAACAUUAGCUGGAUCUGUUCAACGAGAUCGUUCUGCUGCUGAUAAGUUAAAACAAGAUACUGCAAAAGCAUUACAAAAUGCUGAAAUAGCUCAAAGAACACAUGAUACUCCAUCAGGAUUACAAUAUGAAAAUAAUGCACCAUUAUUAUUUUUUAUGGAAUUAGCUGAUAGUUUUGAACAUGAUUUAAUGUUAUUUAGAUCUCAAAUUGAAACAACAGAAAAACAUAUACAAACAAUGAUGACUCCAAAAACUUUAACACCACAAGAAUUGACAAUGGCAAUGAGUAAACUUCAUGAGUCUCUUGUAGCUGUUGCUGGUAAAUUACAAGGUGUACAUUCAAAAGUACAGCAACAAAAAGAACAAUAUUUAAACUUUAGAAAAUAUGUUUUAAAAGAUAAUACCAAUGUUUUUGAAGAUAUUAAAAUAGAUGGAAAAACAUCACGAAAUAGUAUUGGAAAAAUACCAGGUCCUACUCCAUUUGGCCCAGGAAAUAAAAGUUUUCUUUCAUCAACAGCAUUAAAUUCUAAUAGACCAGGAAGUUAUGAAACACGAAAUCCACUAGGUCUUGCCUGGAUUUAGUAUAAGGAAAAGAGUAAGGAAUCUAUUUUAGUUUACGAGUUUGGGGAAAUACAAUAUCAACACCAUGUGCUACUAACAUUACUCUAAGUUCAUCAUUGAAACCACCAACAGCAAGUUUGACCUUUAAUACUCCAUCAAAUCUUACUACACCUUUACCAACGAGUGAAUCUAAUUCAAAUUUUCAACUUCAGAAACCUCCUAUUGGUAAUAAAAGAGGAAAACAUUAAAUCAUAUUUAUGUUUAUAGUUAUUUAUUGUAUUAAGUAUAUUUAAUAUAUGGUUAUAAAUA